AUGGGACAUGUAAUCCUGGGCUGUAAAAGCGGCCUCAAUUUUUCCCGGCUUCCAGAUGUCUCCGGAGACGAGGUUCGCAAUCAAGUGGGAGGCGGUGGAGCGUUACCUGAGGUGGCCGAAGAAACCGUUUCACCAAGCAGGGCGCGAACCAUGAAGGAUUUUGAAAAUCAAAUCACGGAGCUGCGGAAAGAGAAUUUCAACUUGAAACUUCGCAUCUAUUUCCUGGAGGACCGGAUUCAGCAGAAGUUUGAUGAUCCCCAUGAUGACGUCUACCGGAUCAACAUCGAGCUCAAAGUUGAAUUGGAGAGCGUGAAACGAGAACUUCAGCAACGAGAGCAGUUGCUCCGGAAAGCGUCGAAAGCCGUGGAGAGCUUGGCCCAGGGUGGUGAUGCCGAAAUCCAACGCCUGAAGGAAGAUGCGGAGAAGAAACUCCAGGAAGUAGAAACAAGCUUGACUAGCAGGAUCCAGCUUCUAGAGGAGGACCUUCAAAGCGCCCGGGAAGAAGUAGAGAAAGCGUUUGCUUCGACGGAGCGUGAAAGAGUCCAGCGACUGGCUGUGGAACAACAGCUCUCCUUGAUCAUCACUGCGCAGGCCAAAGAUAAUGAUGUCACGGCCUUGCUGGGAGAAAAAGACAGGUGGAAUGUCUAUCAACUUCUUUUAAUGACCCCAUAAUCCCUUGAGGGGUGGAGUCUGGCCAACUGAAUAGAGCUCA